UUUUCAUGGUGUCUGCUUUUUCUGCUGAGAAUAAGGGACAGAGGUUAAAGGGUUUUCUCUGAAAUCAAGGGGAAAGAAUCGAAUUGCGCCUUUCAUCUGGGUUUGAGCGCAGAGAAGACGGACAGUUUGUUUAUUGAAAAUGGUUACUAGAACAGUGGAUCUCCGGUCUGACACAGUCACCAAACCCACUGAAACAAUGAGGGCUGCAAUGGCAAUUGCUGAGGUGGAUGAUGAUGUAUUGGUUUGUGACCCUACUGCCGUUCGCCUUGAAACGGAAAUGGCAAGGAUCACAGGGAAGGAAGCUGCUCUGUUCGUUCCAUCAGGCACCAUGGGCAACCUCAUUAGUGUGCUUGUUCACUGUGAGGUGAGGGGAAGUGAAGUCAUUCUAGGAGACAAUUCCCAUAUACAUAUAUAUGAGAAUGGAGGCAUUUCAACCCUUGGAGGUGUGCAUCCGAGGACAGUGAAAAAUAAUGAAGAUGGAACUAUGGAUAUCAAUCUCAUUGAAGCAGCCAUCAGAGAUCCAAGAGGGGAGCUUGUGUACCCAACCACAAGGCUUAUAUGCUUGGAGAACACGCAUGCCAACUGUGGUGGUAGAUGCCUUCCUGCAGAAUAUAUAGACAGAGUUGGAGAGUUAGCCAAGAAACAUGGGUUAAAGCUUCAUAUUGAUGGAGCCCGUAUUUUCAAUGCAUCAAUUGCACUUGGUGUACCAGUUCACAGGCUUUUACAAGCUGCUGACUCAGCUUCGGUAUGUCUCUCAAAGGGUUUGGGUGCUCCCAUUGGAAGUGUGAUUGUUGGUUCCAAAAGUUUUAUUGCUAAGGCUAGGAGGCUGAGGAAAACCUUAGGUGGUGGGAUGAGACAGGUUGGUAUCAUUUGUGCUGCUGCUUUAGUUGCACUGCAAGAGAACAUUGCAAAGCUUGAGGGUGAUCACAAGAAAGCUAAGAUUUUAGCUGAAGGACUGAAUCAAAUUAAGGGCCUAAAAGUCAAUGUUACUUCAGUGGAGACCAAUAUUGUAUAUUUUGAAAUAGUGGAGGGCUCAAACAUCACGGCAGAAAAACUAUGCAAGUACUUGCAAGAACAUGGCGUGCUUAUGAUGCCAGAGAGCUCGUCGAGGAUUAGAGUUGUGCUCCACCACCAAAUAUCAGGAACUGAUGUGCAGUAUACAUUGUCAUGCAUUCAGCAAGCUGUAACUGGAGUCCAUGAUUGCAACGGCGACUUGAAAGAAAUUUCUGUCUAAAAUGAUUUAGUGUUUGUGUAUGCCAUGCUCUAAAUUUCAAGGACAUAAAACUUACUGAAUCACCCUUGAGUCUCUCUGAGUGAGACUUUUUCAGUAAGAAACUGCAUUGUAUGUUGAAUGUUUUAGAAUAAUUAUGGUUUGCCUGGUUUUGGCUUUUGUUACUGUGAAACUGAAUGAAAUGUCGAAUGCUGCUUCUACAUUUCUAAAUUUAA